AUGAGCUUUCCGGCAGGUCCCGUCCCUUCCGUUGCGGUCACUGCUGUGCGUGAUAUGCUUGUUCAACAGCCUUCGCAUUUUCGGCCUUUCCCCGCCUCGCGGAAACGCGAUUGUUUCAGUGUGCUCGCCAUGUCGCAGUUCAGACUCAAGAAACUUGACCUCGGCGGGUUCGUCAACCCCCGUAUCCUCCGCGACCACACCAAGCGGAGGACGUUCGAGCAGUACGAGCCCGAACGCCAAGCUCUCCGCUACGCGAUCCGCAACACCUCUCUCCCCCAGCGUGUUCGCGCCCAGGCGCAAUUGCAGCUCGCCAACAUGCACAGCAACACCCGGUCGACGCAGAUCAAGAACCGCUGUGUGGCGGGCGGUACUGCGCGCAGUGUCAUCCGCGCAUUCAGACUCGGUCGAUUCCAAUUCCGUAUGCAGGCGCUGGCUGGUGAGCUUCCGGGCGUGCGGAAAGCCAGUUGGUAA